GUGAGCAAACUCUGGCAAUGAAACUCGUCGUCUGAUGGUUGGCAUCGGCUGCUGUGGCACACGGACGUUACCGGAGCACCUGCACUGAACAAGAUCAACCUCUCGCUAGGACAAGACCGACUACAUUCCUGAAGACCCCAAAGGUCCAGGAUGGGGAGUGCCACCCGUGCAUCCGGCCUUCUGGUCGUCAUUCUGCUCCAUGUGGCGGGUUGUGGCAAAAGCUGGGCAGACCCCCUUGUGAAUAUGCGCAAGGUGACGCAUCAGGUGAUCCACGAGAAGCUGGCCGGCACCACCUUCCUUCCGUGUGUGUUUACUCUGCGCCCUAGCCCCUCCCAUGAGCCGCCCCGCAUCAAAUGGACCAAACUCUGGGGGCAGGGAGGCCCAGAUGGGAUGCGGAGGGAGCAGUCAGUGCUGGUGGCCAAGGACAACAUCAUCAAGGUGAAGAAGGCUUUUCAGGGCCGCGUCACCCUGCCUGGAUACCCAGAUAACCGCUACAAUGCCACUUUGGCCCUGACUGGUCUACGGUCUAGUGACUCGGGCAUGUACCGCUGUGAAGUGGUAGUUGGAAUUAAUGACGAACAGGACACAGUGCCCCUAGUGGUCUCAGGUGUUGUGUUUCACUACCGCGCAGCCCACGACCGCUACGCCCUGUCCUUUACGGAGGCCAAGCGCGUUUGUCUAGAAAAUUCCGCAGUCAUCGCCACGCCCGCUCAGCUGCAAGCCACCUUCGACGACGGCUACGACAACUGUGACGCGGGCUGGCUGUCCGAUCAAACCGUCAGGUAUCCAAUUCAGUCACCAAGGCCAGGUUGCUAUGGGGACAGAGAGGAUUCACCUGGUGUGAGGAAUUACGGUAGCAGGGCCCCAGACGAUCUGUUUGAUGUCUACUGCUACGCCGAGGAACUGAAGGGCGAGGUUUUCCAUGCCACCGUGCCAGAGAAGCUGAGCCUGGCCAAGGCCUCCAUACACUGCCACUCCCUGGGCGGUCAGCUGGCCACCGCGGGGCAGCUUUACCUGGCCUGGCAGUCGGGCCUGGACCGCUGCGACCCCGGCUGGCUGGCAGACGGCAGCGUGCGCUACCCCAUCAACCAGCCCCGCCGGAACUGCGGGGGGGACGAGCCGGGGGUGCGCACCGUCUACCUGAACCCCAACCGCACCGGCUUCCCGGACACGAUGACCCCCUUCGACGCUUACUGCUACAGAGAGACAGCAGCAGGAAAUCCAUCAGGACAAGCUGUGGGGCUUCUUCACUCCAGGACACCUUCUGUGAAUGACUCCACGGGAGCCGGGCAGAGCUUCCUGAGCUCUCAGCUAAGCGUGGCCUCAAACCAGUCCAGGCCCGAGCCUUCCACCUGGACUGGCUUGGUGGACCUGGACAAAGAAGGGACGGACUCCAUUAUGGGCAACGAGUCUGAGAUUUCAGAGGAACACGUGGUGAUCCAUCUCAGGUCGGAGCAGUCUCCCCUCGACUGGGCCGAGCAGCUGGGUGCAGAGGUACAGGCUCCCCAGGAGGUACUGGCUCCAAAAAUCACGACAGUCCUGCUACCUUCAGCACUGGAGAGCCUGGACACCCACGGAGGCUCUGCCAGGGAGGAGGAAGUAGAUGAAGAUCCUGAUGUGCGUUCAGAUUCAUCAAUCCCACCGAUCUUCUCUACUCCCACCCCUACAGUCAAGACCCAGACCAGCAGCACUCUGAUUUCGAAUAUCAUGGGCUCCUUCAUAAGGCCCUGGAGGUAUCUGACGGGGUCUUCUGAGUCAGAAUCAUUAUCCACACAGGCAACCCCGAGCACAGAGAGCCUAUUGGAGAACCAGGAACUGACAGAGUCGGGAAGGGGAACUCCACCAGGAGUGAAGGAUGAAUAUAGCAAAAGUAGCCACAAAAAUGCUAUAUUGGAGAGUUUCGGGGAACAGGAAUCACGCAGAGUCUCAGAAGGCUACGCAGCGGACUUAGAUGAGGAACUCUCUCAGUGGGAGAGGGAAAUCACCUCUGAGCCAAAGCACGUUUCCAACUGCGAGGAGACGGUGGAGGCCCCAUUAUUCGAUGUCACCGCGGGAAUCGCUUGCCGGACACGAGUGGUGAAACUGGGCCAGCCUGAGCGCUCAGGCAUCACAGGAGUAUCCUUCGCGGUCAAAAUGGACCCUUCCAACUGCAGCUAUGACGCACCGAUACUUGACUCCACAACGGGAUGCGCACAAUGUUCUCAGGAAGGCCUUGUGGCAACCUCACUAACAACACAGAGCGAGGAGUACGUGGCAAUGACUCCAGCCAUGGGCAGCAUUCCUCAGACCAAUGCCCCAGUAGACUCCACAGUGGAUAUGUCAACAGAGCUGUCCAGACUAAUGGAAAACUUAUCUGAACCUCAUGACCAGGAUAAUGCUGCAGAGGAACUCCCUAAAUCUUUGGAGGCCAGGGCUGAAGCUGUUGAACUCUUGGUUUUACCCUCCUCUAAAGACAUCCCAGAUAAUUUCUCUGGAGAGGGGAAAGAUCAAGAAGAAGAGGUUGCCUACCUGCUUCCCAAAGAGCCUUUUCCAAAUGAUGCAUCACCUCAACCAGCCUCAGAAAGCUUCACCUCAGAAGUCGAGCAUGAGGCUGAAGGAAGUGGGAUGGGCCACGAGAUCAUCAUUGGAUCAAGCUCUGACAGUCACAUUGUCUCUGAAAUCCCCUCAAAUCAUUCUCCUUCUUUACCGCCCACUUCUGCACCAACUGGCAGCCAGACAAUUAACCAGUACACCACCAUCAGGCAGUGGGAGAUGGAAGAUCAGCCAACCACAUCACCUCACGUUAGCACUAACUCCACUAACCCACAGCAACACGUAAUUGAAGAGGUUGCCACAGAGAUAAGAGAAGAGAUUCUUUUUACUAGUCUGCCUUCUAGCAACCCAGAAAGCACCACUUCCAGCAGAGACAGUAUGAAUGAAUAUGAAAAGCCCGUGGACAUGUCAACAACAUCGGAUGCGUGGUUAACCACAGAGGUUCCUGUCACAGGGCUUCUCUCCACCAACAGGAUACCAACAGAAAAUUUACUGACAAAUGAAUCAAAAGAUGGUGUGACUGAAGUUCCUUCAGAGAAUGAUACCGAGUCAAUUACAGAUCUCAAUAGCUCCUACUCAUUGGUAGCAACGGAGAAGGUAACCUUUGGUACUAAAGACCUCCAGCAUUAUGUCUCAGAGGUGCUUUUAGGUUUUGAGAAGUCCGAUUCUGGCACUACCUCAGAGGAACCAACCAUAUUGACACCAAGUCUCAGGGAAAUUGCCCACAAUGCAGAGUCUCAAUCCACAGAGUCGUUGGCUGUCAUGAUGCAGACCGGGGCGACUCCAGCCCCAGAGAUCAGUUUGCCUACUGACAGAACUCACCUUCUGACUGUCAGAGUUCAGUUCCCCAGCAACACAGGAGUUGAGGACUGGCCCAGUUCUGAACUCAGCUUGGAUAACGAAACUAAGACCUCCGCAGCUGAGGACAACCCCUGCCAGACCAACCCCUGUCUUCAUGGAGGGAGCUGCCUGCCUGAAGGGAAGGGCUACAGCUGCUACUGCCCGCAGGGAUACUCCGGGGAGAGCUGCGAGAUCGAUAUCGACGACUGUCAAUCAAAUCCAUGUCAGAACGGAGGCACCUGCAUCGACGAGAUUGACUCCUUCGUCUGCUUGUGCCUGCCCAGUUACGGAGGAGCCACGUGUGAGAAAGAUACAGAGGGCUGCGAACACAACUGGAGGAAGUUUCACGGCCACUGUUACCGUGCCUUCAGCCACCGGCACACCUGGGAGGAUGCCGAGAAGGACUGCCGGGAACACCGCGGCCAUCUGGUCAGCAUCCACUCAUCGGAAGAGCAGGACUUCGUCAAUGACCUGAGCCACGAGAACACCUGGAUUGGCCUGAAUGACCGCACCGUGGAGGAUGACUUCCAGUGGACGGACAACAUGGCUCUGCAAUACGAGAACUGGAGGGAGAACCAGCCGGACAACUUCUUCGCGGGUGGCGAGGACUGCGUGGUGAUGAUCGCCCACGAAAAUGGGAAGUGGAACGAUGUGCCCUGUAACUACAACCUGCCCUAUAUCUGCAAGAAGGGCACAGUGCUGUGCGGAGCGCCUCCUACUGUGGACAAUGCAUUCCUGAUUGGCCGGAAGCGGCCCCACUACGACAUCCACUCGGUGGUGCGUUACCAGUGCGCCGACGGCUUCCUCCAGCGCCACGUGCCCACGGCCAAGUGCCGCGCCAAUGGGAAGUGGGACCGGCCCAAGAUCAUCUGCACGAAGCCUCGGCGAUCCCACCGCUACCGGCGCCAUCACCACAAGUCCCGGCACGAGCGGCGGAAGCACAGGAAGCAUGGCGCCGGCGGUCACCACGGUGACGAGGACGGCCGCGGUCACUAUUAAACGGAAGUGCCCCGCCGCCUGCCGCGCUGGCCCAGAGCCCCAGCUUCUCCCCCUCCCCACCCUGGCCCCGCCUCUCGGGGUCAAGCUGCCACUUCAGCUCGACCGGGAGGCUUGAGAGGGGACCGCCAGGCCUGCAGGGGACUAUAGCAAGCCUUUCCUCCGCCCUCAUCCUCAUUUUUCCCUUCCCCAUUCCGUCUCAGACUUUAAAGAAUCCGUCCCCUUUACCCUCUCGAUUAUUCCAGAUCGUUCCUCCCUUUUUCUAAGGCCGCUGUUCGUCUUUAAUAUUCAUUUUACGGUAGAGGAUGGAAUUUAGUA